AUGGCGCACUGCCGCUGCGUCCGUGCCACGUCUUGGUGCAUCGCGUGUGCACUUUUGAAGCUGUUUUUGUGCAUAGGUUCAAGUAUUUUUCUCUUCCCCGUCGGAGUUGAGGCUGGGGGGCUGUACACCGCUACGGACCAGAUCAUAUUACUGACUCCAGCCACCGUGGACGCCGUGCUGGUCAACUCCACCGCCGCGGUCGUGGUGGAGUUCUACGCGUCGUGGUGCGGACACUGCAUCGCGUUCUCACCCACGUAUAAAAACCUGGCCCGAGAUGUGAGAGAGUGGAAGCCGGCAGUGGACCUGGCAGCCAUCGACUGUGCCGACGAGAACAACCGGAAAGUGUGCACGAACUACAGUGUGCGAGGCUACCCCACCCUCAAGUUUUUCAAUGCUUAUUCAAAGGCAGAGUCUAAAGGGCAGGCGUUUCGAGCUUCUUCCCGUGAUGUUCGAGGAAUUCGUCAGGCGAUAAUAGAGAAACUAGAGAAGCACCAGGAGCCUUGGCCGCCUGCCUGCCCCCCGCUGGAGCCCACCAGCAAAGCAGAGAUCGACAGUUUCUUCGAGACCAACAGCGUCCCGCAGCUGGCCCUGAUCUUUGAGGACGCCAAGUCGUACAUUGGUAGAGAGGUCACGCUGGACCUGCUGCAGUUUGACAACAUAGCAGUGAGGAGAGUUUUGGACACGGAGGAAGCUCUCGUGUCUCAACUGGGAGUGACCGACUUUCCGUCCUGCUACCUCUACUAUCCCGGGGGCAAUUUCACACGCCUCAAAGUAAAAUAUGAGGCCCGAACUUUUUAUUCCUACGCCCUCCAGAGGCUGCCUGGAGUAUCGCGCUCAGGGAAGCCCACACCAAAUAUUACCCACCAAAAAACCAACAGCACAGAGGAGCCGUGGAGACGUUUCAACGCGGUUCGAGUCUACAUGGCGGAUCUGGAGUCAGCGCUGCACUACUCUCUGAGGGUGGAAGUGUCUGCUUUUCCUGUAAUCAACGGAGAUGCUCUGAAGGCUCUAAAGAUGUACAUGUCUGUGCUGGCAAAGUACUUUCCAGGCCGCUCUGUGGUGAAGAACUCCUUAAAGUCUGUGGACUCUUGGCUUCAAAACACGUCUGGCAGCGACGUAUCGUUUGAUGACUUCAGAGAGGCGCUGGAUAACACUGCACAGGCCCCAGACACGGCGUUGCCAGACAGGGUGAGGUGGGUGGGCUGCCAGGGGUCCCAGCCACACCUCAGAGGGUAUCCAUGUGCAGUCUGGACACUCUUCCAUGUGCUCACAGUUCAAGCUCUGCAUGCUGGGGCUUCAGAUGGUCUGGAGGUGCUGACUGCCAUGAGAGAGUAUGUGCAUGCAUUCUUCGGCUGCAGACCGUGUGCUCAGCACUUUGAGAGCAUGGCCCAGGAAAGUCUGUCCGAGGUCUCCUCUUCCACCACUGCAGUCCUGUGGCUCUGGACAAGGCACAAUCGGGUCAAUAACAGACUAGCAGGUGCUUUAAGUGAGGACCCCGACUUUCCAAAGAUCCAGUGGCCUUCUCCUGAAAUGUGUCCUCUAUGCCACACUCUCAAAGUCAAUGGAGACCACAAGUGGGAUCUGGAUCAGGUUCUUCCCUUCCUCACAAAAUACUAUUCCAAUAGCAGCAUUCUCACAGAUUUUCUUGACGACGAAAGCCUAAUCCUUGCGCAACAGAAGGAAAAACGUGUUUUUGAGGCUAAGAAACGUAUCGAAAGAGCAGUCAAAGAGGCCACAACUAUGAGCCCUCUGUCUUUACUCUCAAGUGUUCCAGGAGAUGAAGUCGAAGAGGACGAGGAGGAGGAGGAGGAGGAGGAGGAGGAGGGGGAAGGCCCACAAGAUGAAGAUGUCGCAGAAGACAUGGCGGGCGGUAAAAACUAUGACACGACUCCCUGGGCCAAACCCGGCAUGAGGCUGGGAGAAAAGCGGACGCAGAACAGGCCUGUCAUUGUGGGUAUGAGGAUGAAGCAGCAGCCCGAGGAUAUCGUGGAUCUCGACUCUUUCGUGAACCAGCACUACAGGGACAAGGCUCUCCGGGUCAGACGCAGGACGCUCCAGAGAAAGGAGGAGCAGGACCCAGCGCCUGUAUUUGGUCUGGGACUGGGACUGGUCGGUCUGCAGCCCGUCGAGCCCGAUUUUGAGAAGCAGAAAAGCAAACGGCUCCAGAAACGGGCACUUUCGCGACAGAUGUACGACGUGAAGGCAGAGGAGGGUGGCCAAAGGAAAGGAUGGGUGACUGUGUUCAGCAUUGGAUUCUCAAAAGUGGACAUAAGUCUUUGUGUCAUCCUCUAUUUCCUGUCCUCCAUGUGCCUCCUGACCAUGUAUCUGUUCUUCAAAAACCGCCUGAGGAUACGGCAACCCAAAAUGUCCGUCUUGUGA